AUGUAUGUAAUGGCAGUGGCAGUAGCAGUGUCACAGGCAGGAGCAGCAGCAAGCAACGGUAGCUACAGAAAGGCAGAUGGAGAAGAGGGAGUAACGCGCGAGAAAGUGCAGAGGUCAACAGCAAGCAAGGAGGGCGGUGGGAUUUUGCAGCCUGACAGAGCAAAUGCCGACACGCUGGACGCUGGGACUGUUCUGGAUGCUGGAACGCAACAAGUAAAGCACGGUGCAAGGGCGGGUAUGUAG